AGCUAAAGCUAAUUGGCUGCAGUUUGUUCAUCUUUGACAGAAUGAAGGAGAAGACUCAAAAGGGAUCCCGUUCGUUCGUUGUUGUUUUUUUUUGGCAGGGUAGAAAAAAAAAUUUAUAUAAAAAAAACUGGUUGCUAGGGACGCCACUGGCAGUUCUUUCACACGCUGUCAUAGGUUCUGAUCGUUCUUUCAUUAUAUGAUGAGUAGGGAUGCAAUCAGAUAGGCAGCUAUUGCUUCUGCCAUUGGAUAAUAAAAUCAAGCAUAAAGCUUAAAUCUCGGCCAGGAAAGGGUGAAUGUGUUUGAAUGUAAAGGGAGGAGAGGAAGGCAGAGGUUUGUGAUUGUGAAAUGUGCUCGUGAUUGCAGACGAUCGUUCCACCCAAUCGAAUAAUCUGCUGUAGUCCAUGUUGUGGAGUUCAGUGCGUUCUGUAGCAGCUGCUCCAUCGCUGACCGUCCUGAUAAGGAAGAGCUAGAGCAGUGAUGUAUGUUCUGGUCAAGGGUCUGAUAGAUACUUCUAGCUUAGCAGGCUCAUAGCAUCCAGGCAAACCGAGUAUCAUGAUCAGAUGGCCCGGAGUUAACAAGACAUGCUGCAGAACACCAUGCCUCACUUUCCCACGGCCCUGAAUGGGGGGCCAAAUAUGUGGGCGAUCACUACGGAGGAACGGGCCAAACACGACAAGCAGUUUGCCAGCCUGAAGCCAAUAGGUGGACUGAUUACCGGGGACCAGGCCAAAAGUUUCUUUCUACAAUCAGGCCUUCCUCCAGCGGUUCUCGCAGAAAUAUGGGCCCUGUCCGACCUCAACAAAGAUGGCAAGAUGGACCAGAUGGAGUUUUCCAUCGCAAUGAAAUUUAUCAAACUCAAGCUGCAGGGACAGAAUUUGCCAAUGAUCCUCCCACCUGUUAUGAAGCAGCCACCUGUCUUUUCGCCACUAAUGUCCUCCCGCUAUGGAAUGGGGAGUAUGCCAAACUUGUCCAUGCCACCAUCUAUGCCCCCGCUGUUACCCCUUGCACCCACUUCGUUGACCUCACUGGGCUCUCUGCCACCCUUGCCUAUGUCUAGUCCCUUGGUGCCUUCUGUCGGCUCAUCAUCAACAUUGCCAAAUGGAACAUCCAGUCUCUUGUCCUCCUUCCCUGUGCCUUUGUCUUCAACACUGCCCCAUAACAGCUCACUCUCUCUAAUGACCGGAGGAUUCAGCAGCAUGCAGAAGACUCAAUCUCUCAUAGACCUGGCCUCCAGCAGUUCCAAUUCCUCAUCUACCACUUCGCUGACUGGUAACUCUCCAAAAGCCAGUAGCCAGGACUGGGCUGUACCCCAGGCCACCAGGCUGAAGUACAGACAGAAGUUUAACAGUCUUGAUAAAUCCAUGAUUGGUUUCCUGACCGGGUCUCAAGUGAAGACUGCACUAAUACAAUCCAACCUUUCCCAGACCCAGCUGGCCACUAUAUGGUCUCUUGCAGAUGUUGAUCGAGAUGGGAAACUGAAAGCAGAUGAGUUUGUGUUGGCCAUGCAUCUAACUGACAUGGCAAAAGCCGGCCAGCCUCUCCCACUCACUCUGCCCCAAGAUCUAGUGCCCCCUGCAUUCCGUGGUUCUGAUCCCAUUAAUGGAACACUGCCCACCUACUAUAGGAUGCAAGAAGAGGAACCCCCUCAGAAGAAGACACCAGUGUCCUUUGAAGAUAAAAGGAAGCAGAACAUGGAACGGGGUAACCAGGAGCUGGAGAAGAGGCGUCAAGUCCUGCUUGAGCAGCAACAGAGGGAGGCUGAACGAAAGGCUCAGAAAGAAAGAGAAGAACAGGAACGCAGAGAGAGAGAGCGGCAAGAGCAGGAGCGAAAGAAGCAGCUGGAGAUGGAGAGGCGUCUGGAGAGACAGCGUGAGCUGGAGAGACAGAGGGAGGAGGAGAAGAGGAAAGAGUUUGAGAGGAGAGAGGCUGCAAAGCAAGAGCUGGAACGCCAAAGGCAGCAAGAACUGGAGAGGAUUCGCCGUCAGGAGCUGUUUAACCAGAGGAACAGGGAACAAGAGGAAAUCAUCAGGCUGAAGUCUAAGAAGAAGAGUUUACAGUUAGAACUGGAAGCAUUGGAUGAAAAACACCAGAAGAUCACACUCAGAGUUCAAGAAGUCCGAGGUAGAAAACAAAUGAGGAAAAACGAGCUGGACAAUAUUGAUAAGAAAUGUGAUCUGGGAAUCAUAGAAAUCAAGCAACUCCAGCAGCAACUUCAGGACUAUCAGAAUAAGUUGAGCAUUCUUGCCCCAGAAAAGCAAGCCCUAAAUGAGAAGAUUAUACAGUUGCAUAUGGGUACUUCACCGGAUAAUUCAAAUACUGGUUUGUUUGGCUUUCAUAAGAAGACGGCAGAGAAGGACGGCAUAUGCUUAAGACUGCGGGAGCAGCUGGACGCUCUGGAGAAGGAGACAUCCUCUAAACUUAAAGAGAUGGACUCCUUUAACAACCAGCUAAAGUGUGAGAAUAUGGAUGACUCUGUUCUGCAGUGCCUUUUGUCUCUCUUCAGCUGUCUCAACAAUCUCUUCCUCUUACUUAAGGAGUUGAGAGAAAGCUACAACAAGCAGCAAGCUGCAUUCCACCAAUUACAGAAAAUCAAGCAAGAAAAACUGCAGGAUCUGGAGCGCAAGAACACGGAAAUGGCGCAAAUAAAGAAAGACGAGGAGGAGGCAGCAAGGAGAGCCAAGCAGGAGAAAGAGCACAUGUGGAAGGAGCGAGUGAAAAGGGAGGAAGAGGAGAAGCAGAAGCGCCUAGAGGAAGAACGGAGAAAAGAGCAGAUGCUCUUGGAGAAGCAGCGGGCUGAGGAGGAGGCAGCCAGAAUUAAGGAGCGCGAAGCCCAACAACAGAAGUUGGCAGAGGAGAGGCAGCAAGAAGAGGAAGAGAAGAGGAAGCGGGCAGAAAUUCAAAGGGAAGCUGAGGAGAGGAGGAAACGGGAAGAGGAGCAACAUAAACAGGCUGAGCUUAAAAGAGAAGCCGAGGAGAAGAGUAAAGCAGAAGAGGAAGAGAGAAGACGCAAGGACAGCAUUACCAACAAAGAGCCUGAGAAGAGAUUCUCCAAACUCAACAUAGAUGAGAAGUUUGCUGACAAACUAAAAUCUAUUGGUGGAAGACAAGGAAGCAUCGAUAAAGGCCCUGCUGGAACUUCGGAAAGAAGAAAAUCUUCGGUGUUUGUUAAUUACAAAGCACUGUACCCAUUUGAGGCCAGAAAUGCAGAUGAACUGAGUUUCAAUGCUGACAAUAUACUUCAGGUGGAUGAGAAGAACGUUGGGGAGCCAGGCUGGUUGUACGGCUGCUUUAGUGGAAAUGUCGGCUGGUUUCCAUCCAAUUAUGCAGAAAGAUUGCCAGAGACUGAGAAAUCAUCAUCUCCUAAGAAGGCCUUAUUGCCUCCAUCCAUCUCUGUGUCAUCUACCUCACUACCAGCCAAGUCGCUUUCACCAACUAAGCCCCCUGAGGGGGAUAAGGAGUAUAAGAAUCUGCCUUUCUCUAGCCUUAAUGUUAACUCAACAUGGCAGAAGAUGUCUGCAUUUACACGCACUAUCUCUCCAGGCUCCGUCUCACCUAUUCACGGACAAGGUCAGCCGGUGGAGGAAGUAAAAGCUCAAGCACUGUGCUCAUGGACUGCAAAAAAGGACAACCACUUGAAUUUUACCAAAAACGAUAACAUCACUGUGUUGGAGCAGCAAGAGAACUGGUGGUUUGGAGAGGUUCGGGGACAGAAGGGAUGGUUUCCUAAAUCCUAUGUGAAGAUUCUACCAGGGAGCGAAAAUAAGAGCCCUGAACCUGAACCGUUGUAUGCUGCUGUUAAGAAGAAACCAGCAACCCCUUCAUAUACCCCUUCAGAAGAGUAUGUGGCGCUGUACCCAUAUUCCAGCACAGAAUCCAGCGACUUGACAUUUAACGAGGGGGAUAUGAUCCUGGUGACACAGAAGGAUGGCGAGUGGUGGACAGGAACCAUUGGUGACCGAAGUGGGAUAUUUCCAUCAAACUAUGUUCGCCCACGAGAUCAGGAGGGUUCAAGCAGUGUUGGAAAAACUGGAACACUAACCAAAAAACCCGAGAUUGCUCAGGUCACCACCGCUUAUGCUGCAACAGGAACAGAACAGCUUAGUCUGGCUCCAGGGCAGCUGAUACUUAUAUUAAAGAAGAAUGCAUCUGGAUGGUGGCAAGGGGAAUUGCAGGCACGAGGGAAGAAGCGGCAGAAGGGCUGGUUCCCGGCUACCCACGUCAAGUUACUUGGACCAAGCAAUGACAAGGCAGCUCCCGCUUUCAACCCAGUGUGUCAGGUCAUAGCAAUGUAUGAAUAUGUCGCCAAUAAUGAGGAUGAACUGAAGUUCGGCAAAGGACAACUCAUCAAUGUCAUUAACAAAGACGAUGCAGACUGGUGGCAAGGAGAAAUCAAUGGGGUCACCGGGCUAUUUCCAUCCAACUACGUCAAGAUGACAACCGAAUGUGACCCCAGCACGCAGUGGUGCGCUGACCUCCAGUUGUUGGACACCAUGCAACCCAUGGAGAGGAAGAGACAAGGUUACAUCCAUGAGCUGAUCCAAACUGAAGAGAGGUACAUGGAUGACCUCCAGCUUGUGAUUGAGGUGUUCCAGAAACCAAUGGCCGAGUCGGGCCAUCUGGGUGAAUCUGAAAUGGGUUUAAUAUUUGUUAACUGGAGGGAGUUAAUCAUGUCCAACACAAAACUACUGAAGGCACUGCGGGUGCGUAAGAAAACCGGGGGUGAAAAGAUGCCGGUCCAGAUGAUUGGCGACAUUUUGGCAACAGAGCUGUCACACAUGCAGGCCUAUAUUCGAUUCUGCAGCUGCCAGCUGAAUGGGGCUUCUCUCCUGCAAUUUAAAACUGAUGAAGAAGCAGAAUUUAAAGAUUUUCUAAAGAGACUAGCCACAGACCCUCGCUGUAAGGGGAUGCCUUUAUCCAGCUUCCUACUGAAGCCUAUGCAGAGGAUAACACGGUAUCCACUUAUCAUAAAGAACAUCUUGGAGAACACUCUGGAGUCUCAUCCAGAUCACGCCAAUCUGAAGUUUGCCCUGGAGCGAGCGGAGGAGCUGUGUUCUCAAGUCAAUGAGGGGGUUAGAGAGAAGGAGAACUCUGACAAGUUGGAGUGGAUACAGACCCAUGUUCAGUGUGAAGGACUAACUGAGCAGGUCAUUUUCAACUCCCUGACCAACUGCCUGGGGCCACGGAAGAUCUUGCACAGCGGCAAAGUUUACAAGACCAAGAGCAAUAAGGAGCUGUAUGCAUUACUUUUCAAUGAUUUUCUCCUCCUUACCUACAUGGUCAAGCAGUUUGUGUCCUCCGGAUCUGACAAGCUGUUCAGCCCUAAAAGCAAUGCCCAGUACAAGAUGUAUAAGAUUCCAAUUUUCCUAAAUGAAGUUCUGGUGAAACUGCCAAGUGACCCAUCCAGUGAUGAGCCUGUCUUUCAUAUAUCGCACAUAGACCGGGUGUACACCCUCCGAACAGACAACAUCAAUGAAAGGACUGCCUGGGUUCAAAAAAUCAAAGCUGCCUCUGAAAACUUCAUUGACACAGAGAAGAAGAAAAGGGAAAGGGCAUAUCAAGCGAGGUCUCACAAAUCCUCCGGAAUUGGACGUUUAAUGGUGCAAGUCAUUGAGGCAUCUGAACUAAAGCCCUGUAAACCCAACGGAAAGAGUAACCCAUACUGUGAGGUCAGCAUGGGAUCGCAGAGCUACACCAGCCGUGCAGGGACUGACACCUUGAACCCAAAGUGGAACUUUAACUGCCAAUUCUUCCUGAAGGAUCUGUAUCAGGAUGUGCUGUGCAUCACAGUGUUUGAUCGAGACCAGUUCUCUCCUGACGACUUUUUGGGCCGCACCGAAGUCCCAGUGGCAAAGAUCCGAACUGAGCAAGAGAGUAAAGGCCCAACCACUAAACGUUUACUGCUCCACGAAGUGCCAACAGGGGACGUGUGUGUGAGGUUUGACCUUCAGCUGUUCUAAGGGAUAAAAAUUCUCCAUCAUUACAGCUGGGUUCUGUUCAUGUGCACUAGGACCAACGGUCCACAACUUUCACUGUCCGUGUUCUCAUAUCUUGGCCCACUUGCAUGGUCCCCUGCCACCUACCUAUGCAAACCCAAGUUACAUGACCCCCAGUGCCUUUCACCCUUCAAGACUGCACAGCUUGUGUUUGCAACAGUUCUACCGUUUUGGUGCCAGGUGAAAAGAAUCCACACCUUUCUGGAACUCUGACUAGGACCUGUGAAGAUACAUGUGGCUCAUCUUGCAAACUAGGUGCCAUGUCAUUUAUGAGCUUCGGUUAACUUUUUUUAUUGGCAACUUCAAGCAAUGGGCAAAGUCAUUCAGCGAACAACAAAUUCUGCCUAGGAAAUGUUGCAACUGUGCUAAAGUCAAAAAGCCCUCUCAAUCUACUUUUACAAAAUUAGGUUUAGUGGGGUUCUCACAGGACUUAGUAGGACUUCCGCCUCUUGUCACAUGCUGUUCCCCUUCUGAGUCCCAGGGGCAGUGCUCUAAACCUGGGCACCCUUGGCCUGUAUUUUGGUUCAGGUAAUCAUAGGGAUUUAUCAAACAAGGCAGCCAGCUGCACAGGGAUGAAUAUGUGAAUUGGAGAGGAAAAGCUGUGUCAUUGAUUGCAAAGAGUUUGGCUGCAGCGUGCCUUAAAGGUUCCCCAUUGGAAAUGUAUGGAUUAUACUCGGUUAUCAUUUAAUUUGUUAGUUUUUUUUUUUUUUUUUAAAGGAGCGACAUGGGUUUAAGAAACAUUUAUAUGAACUCUUUGCUCCAAAACACUGUAACUUGCGGAUGUAGAAUGUGUGUUGUUUAAAGAGAAAUCCAAUUUAAAAUUUUAUAGGAAUUUCAGAGAGUAUGAAAGUGACAAGGAAAUAGAAACAUAUAUUUAUAGCAAUGUACAUAUUUAUAUUGAAGGCAAAGACACACUGGUAUGCAAAGUUUUUAUAUUUAUGACAAAAGAUUAUUUAACAUGGAAAUAGCAAAGGAACUCCGGGCAAGCAGGCAAUGAAAAUGCAUAUAGGUGAGCGAUCUUAUCUGCCAAAUUAUGGGCAUUUCAGUUCAGCCGGUCUUGUGAUCCGAACAGUACAGCCAAAUCAGACUCCUCGGUUUUCUGUACUGCGGUUAGGCAAUGCGGUUUGGUCGUUGCCUCAAGCCUGCUCAUUGCACAACAAAGGAUUGGUAGCAUAGUGAUGAGGACCUCACUCUGUGCAAGGUAGUAGAACGUGAUCGGUUCAUGGUGCUGAUCCUCUUUUUCCCAGUUUGAGUCCUGCUGUGCAGGGCAUCACAGGAAACUAAUGAAAAGACACAAUCGGGUAUAUGUACUUGUUUUGUUAAAUACAUUUAAUCAUUUCCUAAGGAAUACAUAACCGGAUUAAAUAAAUAUAUUCAGGGCCUUCCUGGAGUUCAUCUCUAAAUCAAACUUGUCUUGAAAUAAACAUUACAGGAAAGAAA